AUUAAUUAUUAUUCAUUACAGCGACACUCAGGCAAAUACCAGAAGAUACAAAAUCCUUUGUAAAAGCAAGAUAUACGCUAGGAUUUUUAGGAUUUCUUGGAUUCGCGCUUGUCUAUGCUAUGCGAGUGAAUCUUUCGGUUGCCAUAGUGUCGAUGGUUAACCAGACGGCCUUUCCUGAUAACAAUGACGGGAAUGAUACCUCCGAUGUCUGUCCAAAAAUUACUCCCGUAAAUGGUACAUUUGUGCCUAGUCCAGGAGAAUUUAAUUGGGAUGACAAGACCCAGGGGAUAAUUCUGGGUUCGUUCUUCCUCGGUUAUGUCAUCACGAAUGUUCCGGGUGGACGGAUGGCGGAGAAAGUUGGGGGCAAAUUGGUUUAUGGGCUGGGGGUGUUAUUAACUGCUAUAUUAACUGUUGUCAGCCCUUUUGCUGCUUACUGGGGUCUGGGUCCGUUUUUAGCGGUCAGGAUUGCUGAAGGAUUUACUGAGGGUGUAACAUUUCCUGCUAUGCAUUCAAUGCUUGCUCACUGGGUCCCGCCAUUGGAGAGGAGUAAAUUUGCCGCUUUAGUUUACGCAGGUUCUAAUUUUGGUACUGUAAUAUCAUUACCACUGAGUGGUUAUCUAUGUUCAUUGGAAUUCUGGGGUGGAUGGCCACUAGCUUUCUAUUUAUUUGGAACUCUAGGUAUCAUGUGGUACAUAUUCUGGAUUUUUUUCGUCUACAACACACCAGCAGAGCACCCUCGAAUUGAUUAUCAAGAAAAAUUAUACAUCGAAGCUUGCGUUGAGCCAAAAAAUCCGGAUGAUGACAGAGGCGUACCAUGGCUAGCAAUUUUGACAUCAGGCCCGAUGUGGGCGAUAACAAUAACCCAGUGCGGACAAUCCUGGGCCUUCUACACCCUCUUGACCGAGCUGCCGACUUACAUGGACAGAAUUCUCCACUUUGACGUACAGCAAGACGCAUUUCUCUCGACACUCCCGUACUUGACCGCCUGGAUAAUGGGGCUAGCAGUCUGUAAUUUUGCGGACUCGCUCCUGGAGAAGCGUGUUAUGUCCUCACUAACUUCCAUGAAGUUCUGGAACACUGUCAGCUCUGUUGGAGUCAGUCUGAGCUUCGUAGGUGCUAUUUGGGCCGGGUGUGACCGCGUUUGGCUGAUGAUAAUGCUCGCUGGACUCGGUUCAUUGCAAGGUGCUGUUUAUGCUGGCAAUCAGAUGAAUCAUAUUGCACUUGCUCCUCGGUAUGCGGGUACAUUGUAUGGAAUUAGCAAUGCUACCGCUAACGCAUGCGGAUUCUUGGCUCCUUAUAUUGUUGGUCGACUCAUUGAAGGCCAUGAAACUCUAUCAAGAUGGCACACAGUAUUUUGGUUAGCUGCAGGAAUAAACUUAUCUGGAAAUUUCGUCUAUUUAAUAUUCGCCUCAGCUAAAGAACAAUCAUGGAGCCGUGGUACCAGCAGUUGA